GUUAAACAGUAUGUGGUAGUACAGAUUGACGGACGGACACGACUGUAGUUUUCAUUUUGCCGUUUACAAUGCGGGAAAUUACACUUUUCCCACUCACCUGACAAUACGGAAACUAUACAGCUACAGCGACGCUUCAUACACUUAACGGACAGGAUUCUAGGCUGCUAUAAGAGUUUCAACCAUGGUGCAGGAAUACCAGUCCCCUGUUCGGGUCUACAAACAUCCAUUCGAGUUAAUAAUGGCGGCCUAUUUGAAGAGGUUCCCAAAGUGCCCCCUGAUCCCAGUGUUUGUGGAUAGUGAGAUCACCAGUGAGAGCCAAAGCGAGGAUGGAUCCACGCUGGUGACUGAGAGGCGCUGUGUGAUCGACAUUGAUGCCCCGCGGCUUCUCAAACGGAUUGCUGGCGUAGACUACCUGUACUUUAUCCAAAAGAACACUCUGAAUCGGAGGGACAGGAUGCUCCACAUUGAGGUCCACAACGAGACCUUUUCAAACAGGGUCAUUGUCAGUGAGUGCUGCAACUACACGGUUCAUCCAGAGAAUGAGGACUGGACGUGCUUCGAACAGACGGCCAGUCUGGAUAUUAAGUCCUUCUUUGGCUUUGAGAGCAUGGCAGAGAAGAUAGCUAUGAAACAGUAUGCUAGUAGCAUUAAAAAGGGUAAAGAGAUUAUUGAGUACUACCUCAGAGAACUGGAGGAAGAAGGAGUGACUUACAUACCUCGGUGGAUCCCCCCUGUCGUCUCUGGCACUGCUGCUGCCAGGCUCCAGCUGCUGCCUCCCUCAACUGAGCGAGCCAUCCCAGUGAGCAGUGCUAAGAAUGUGCUCGACAGUAAAGACCCAUCCUGUCCCACAGAGCUACUGGCUGGCAAUCCUGACGACAAGUUGGAUGCUGACUACAUCAGACGUUACCUAGGUGAUUUAACGCCUCUGCAGGAGAGCUGUCUUAUUCGACUGCGCCAGUGGCUCCAAGAAAACCACAAGGGCAAGAUUCCAAAAGAUCAGCAUGUGCUGCGCUUCCUGAGGGCCAGAGACUUCAACCUGGACAAGGCCCGGGAGCUCUUGUGCCAGUCGCUUACCUGGAGGAAGCAGCACCAGGUAGAUUUCCUGUUAGACACAUGGGAGUGCCCACAACUGCUUCAGGACUACUACACUGGAGGCUGGCACCACCACGACAAAGACGGCCGUCCUCUGUAUGUCUUGCGCCUGGGGCAAAUGGACACUAAGGGUUUGGUACGAGCCUUGGGAGAGGAGGUGCUACUGAAACAGGUCCUGUCCAUCAACGAGGAGGGACUGAGGCGUUGUGAAGAAAACACCAGAGUCUUCGGGCGACCCAUUAGCUGCUGGACUUGCCUGGUGGAUCUGGAGGGUCUUAAUAUGCGGCACCUGUGGAGACCAGGUGUUAAGGCUCUGCUGAGAAUCAUCGAGGUGGUGGAGGCCAACUACCCCGAGACCCUGGGUCGUCUGCUCAUACUGAGGGCGCCCAGAGUUUUUCCAGUGCUCUGGACCCUGGUUAGCCCCCUGAUACAUGAGAAUACCCGUAAAAAGUUCCUUGUUUAUGCUGGAAACGACUACCAGGGUCCAGGAGGAUUGGUGGACUACAUUGAUAAAGAAAUCAUCCCUGACUCCUUGGGAGGGGACUGCAUGUGUGACAUCCCUGAGGGAGGUAUGGUUCCCAAAUUUCUGUACAGGACAGCAGAAGAGCUUGAGAGUGAGGAAAACAGCCUGUUGACUGACUCCAUCUACAAGAGUGCCAGUAUUUUCAAGGGAGCCCCAUAUGAGAUGCUGAUCGAGAUCGCAGAGGCCUCCUCCGUCAUCACUUGGGACUUUGACGUGUCUAAAGGAGAUGUGCUUUUCAACAUCUACCAUUCCAAGAGGGCCCCACAGCCUCCCAAGAAAGACACUCUCGGAGCCCAUGCCCUCACAUCCCUAGGGGCCGUUAAUGCCCAGCUGAUAGACAGGAACUGGGUGCUGGGCCAGGACUUCAGCAUGGUGGAGAAAUCCCUCACCUGCAGGGAGGGAGAGAGCGUACAGGGCUCCCAUGUAACACGCUGGCCUGGCUUCUACAUCCUCCAGUGGCGCUUCCACAGCUCCCCAGCCUGCACCGCCUCCAGCCUGCCUCGUGUGGAUGAUGUGCUGGCCUCGCUGCAGGUCUCUUCCCACAAGUGUAAGAUCAUGUACUACACCGAGGUGCUGGCGUCCCAUGACUUCAGGGGAUCCAUGACCAGUCUGGAGUCUAGUCAUAGUGGUUUCUCUCAGCUCAGUGCUGCCACUACUUCCUCUAGCCAAUCACACGCCAGCUCCACCAUCUCAAGGUAGCAUCUGCCCAGCUGUGACCUAAAGCUACUGACAUCUUACUCCGACUGUGCCUUAAGCCUUAAAAAAGGGUGUUUUACUCAUACACCUAAAUUAGAAUUUGACCUGACUAAAUAAUAUAUUUAGUGGAUCCGUAGUUUAAUUGAACUCUGUUUCUAGGGAAUGAAGGAAGUGCUUAAAGUAUCAGUUUCCUGUGCACAUAAUGACUGACUUGUUAUUCUCAUUCGUUUGAAUAAUAGUAGUGUAUAAUAAAUGCAAAGCACAGUGCAAAUGCCAAGUCUAUGAUUUGUAGUUUCAGAUGUGGAGCAUCUGCUCUGCAUGUGCUGGAUCAGUAAUGGCAAAAGGAGAUCUUUAGCUGGACAGUGCAGCUUCUGUCCCUGAAAUUGCUUUCAUUGUCCACAAGAUGUCAGUGUACUCUUUGCCUGGACUUGCUCUCAAAUCUGCAGUGUACUUAGCGCAUAUGGUUUCACUUGCUGCACACUCAAAAGGAGACUUGUUUACAUAAAGAAUAAAUAAUGAUGUAAUUUCCAGAGUGUGUCUGCAUUUUGGGAAAACAAUGACUGCAGUAGCAGAGCUGUAGUGGGGUAGUAAUUUUGAAUAAUCGUGGAUACGGGUUGAUAAUCAUUUUACAGCAUUAGGUGAGAUGUUCAGAGUGAGGAGAUAAUGUGAAAUAUCCUUAAAAUAUGUAGCACACUCUCUAGAUUUCAUGUAAUGUUGUUUUUGGGCUUGUUAGGCUUAGCUGUUGAGUUUUCUGAGGCAGCUAAUCUGAAUGCAAUAUAGUGCAGCCCCUUGUGAUCUGGCACAGGGCCAGGCAGACAACUGAUUUACAUAAAACUUUAAUUUCCAUAAACUUAUUAGAUGCUUCCAGCUAAAUCUUAAUUGAAUUUCCCUGCGUUCUAUUUUUUUUUCUUGGUUUGCAAACUUGUGUCAUGUUGCUGUUUAUCUCAAUACAGUUCAGAGUCAGGUGGGCCGAGGUCUCAGAGGCGUUGAUUGAACGGGAGCCUGACUUCCUGCUGGCAUGUCAGGGUUGUUAGAAAGAGGAAGUGUACUGACUUUGCCAGAAGCUUAUUUACUGAAUUCCUCCACUUGCUCUAAUGACCUCCCAAGACACACAUUGUCCGUAAAAAUAGCAGCACCUCUUAUACCUGAUACGCCUAAUUUGCUCUUAAAACCACUUGUUCUCGAGCAAUUAAGUGAUUUAAGGCUGAAUUAUUUUACUGGCAUUCACAGGCUUUAAAAAGAAAGACUGUUAUAUAGGUACCAAACAAGAAAAUUGUCCAGAGAAUUGUGUUGAAAACACGAGUCUCAACAAAAACUGUGUUAAUCUCUGUCAAUCUUGAGUUGUUAGAUGACGUGAACACUUGAAGCCGUUAACAUGGGAAUCUUUCUCAUCUCUACCAUGAAGCACAGCAGUGCUUUAAGCUAAAUGCUAACAUCAACAUGGUCAUAAUGAUGCUGACAUGCUGAUGUUUAGCAGAUACAAUGGUCACCGUCUUCGUACAGCUGAGGAUGAUGGGUAUUUCAUUCAUUUUGCAGGUAUUUAGUCAUAAACCAAAGUAUUUGACACACUGUGUUUAAGAACAGGAACCUGAUGAAGGAGCUGGAUGAAAAGUGAAAGGAACACUUUUACAAUCGACCCAAUAGUUGUCACUCAAAACCACAAAUGUGAACCUCAUGGUGGCUUUAGAGGAAAAGUCAUUAGGAUACAUCUUAUGAGGAUCACAAAUGAUGCCCUUUCCUUGAAACCACAUGGAUAAAUGUUUGGACAAAACCAAAAGUUUCCCUCCACAGUGGAUAUGUACUUAACUAUCUCAUGAGAGUCAUAAUUACCAAUAACUUCACAUGACUGUGCAUCAAUCACAGAAUGGGAGGUCAUCUUUGUAGUUUUUGUGCCAUAUGCAUAUUCUCUUGAGACACAGGAAGCUAUUGUUAUGGUAUGUAUUUUGUCCUAUGUUUCUUUGACAAAUAAAAAAGAAAUGAUGCUGUAAAGGU